UCAGCGCUUAAGCUCAGAUGUUAUCUAUGAAAGUGACAGCUGUUAUUCAAUUUGAAAGGUGGUGUAAACAAAAACGUUCCUGAAGGCAAGCGGAUCUUCGACUGUGGCAAAUUGUGGCGAUUAAUUAACUAAUAAGUUUGGCCCGGUUAAUAUUUUCAACUUCACUUCAUCAUGAAAACACUGUUCGAGCAGCUGAAAACGCUGUUCGAUUUUGAGCUUUACUCAAAUGCGGCAACAUUGGCCAACCUAAUUCUCUCCAUAUACGACACAAACCGUGCCACCUUAAGCCCUGAGGAACAUUUCGGCACGCUCGUAUAUUAUGCCGAAUCACUGUUUCAUGAGCGACGCUUUCGUGAAGCAGAAACCAUCUACCGCCAGGCACUGCAGCUGAAACGGCUUCUGUCGAAAAACAAAUCUCCAAACUGUAAAACCACGCCUAGUGCAGUUCCGGGACAGGUUGACCUGCAAUCGGAGGUGGAAUUGAAGUACAAGACGGCACGCUGUCUGAUCGAGAUGAAAUGCUACCGUGAUGCGAUCGUCCUGUUGCAAUCGCUCGCACUCAAACAGCGCACUCCAAAGGUGAAUAUGUUGCUCAGCAAGCUCUGUCACAAUCAUGGCCACGAACGCAGUGCCAUCGGGACUUACAAAGAAGUGUUGAAAGAGUGUCCGCUCGCAUUCGAAGCAAUCGAAGGACUGCUAACCCUGGGAGUCAAAGGAAUCGAGGUGAAUUCCCUGAUCGUGGAUGCUACCUUGGCGCCCCAGUGUAACGACUGGAUGAGCAGUUGGAUAAAGGCGCACGCGAACAUUCAGGCCCGCAAGUACACUGAAGCCAUUCAAACGCUGCGCAGUAUCGAGACAAACACCUGUCUCCGGAACUAUCACCAGCUGUUAGUGCUGAUCGGCGAAUGUCACUACCAUAAUGGGGAGUACGAGCAGGCUUACAUUACGCUCAAGCGAGCCCAUGCCAUGCAGCCACACUCGAAAAAUGGACUCCAGAUCCUGGCGAUUUUGAUGGCGAAAAAUAAAAAAGUAGCCGAACUGGAGAAGCUCAUCACGCCAUCGCCCUCGCUGCUGAACGAGUACACGUCAGAGAUGUGGUUCGUGAUGGGCCAGUACCUGUUUGCCACGGGAAAGUAUGAAAAGGCUGUUUACUUUGUGCAAAAGGCUUGCUUUCAGAAUUCGCGCAAUAUUGAAGCGUUGGUACUGAAGGCGGAAGUGCUGUUUCAGGUGAAAAAGUAUCAGCAGGGCAUCGCUCAUCUGCGGUACGGGCAACAGUUUGCACCUUAUCGGUACGAAAUUCACAAGGCCCUGGUGGAUAAUUAUAUAAAUAUGGGCCGGACCCGGGAAGCACAGUUACAAGCACUGAAGGCGGUUAAAGUGUUGGGAGAAUCGGCUCGAACAUUGGUGCUUAUGGCCCGUACAUACAUGAAAGAUGAAGCUGCCCGACCGAAAGCGAAGGCUUUCUGCCUCAAGGCACUCGAUAUGAACGAGAACUUCUUGCCAGCGGUGUAUCUGCUGGCGGAAAUUUAUCUACGAGACAAUGAUCUCAGCGCCAGAUUGAAACUCCUGAAGAAACACGCGAUGCUUUCGAAAAACUGCAAACUCCACGUUAUGCUUGGCGAAAUGUUGAACAAUGAAAAAGAUCAUUCCGGUGCGCUAGAACACUAUUCCAUCGCACUCAACCUUGAUCCAUCCAAUCGUGUCGCAAUGUCGGGACUGCUUAUGGUGGGACAAAACAAAGGCAGUACGAGCAGCAGUGGCACAUCAAACGCGGGUGCAUCCAGUUCCUACCUUGAGUCGAUGGUCGAAGACGGCACCGAUAUGCCGGACAAUCCGCUAGAAAUGAUCGAAAUACGCACGACUGGUGCGAACGAAAUGGAAUCGGAAAGUGACGCGAUGUGGUCGGAUUUGGAAAUCGAAAUCAAUCAGUAGAUCAGUGAGUGUGGCACGGUAAGACCUGUCGAAUCGUAUUGGUGAUUGGUUUAUUUGGUGUAAUAUUUUAUUUUUAAUAAAUCGUACUCUUUCUCCACUAUA